GGCAACCCGAACGACGCCCGCGGAGGAACUACAGGCGUUAGGAGGGCGGCGCCGCCAGGGCUCGGCCCGAGGGCCCCUGGGAGCGUCUGACCAUGGAGCCCCACAGUGUUUUGCCUAGGUGUGUGUCCGUGCACCACUCAUGUGCCUUGUGCCUACAGAGGCCAGAAGAUGGAACCAGAUCCCCUUGAACUGGAGAAACUGUGCCAUCAUCAAAGCCACACCCUCCUGUUGUGGGCAAAGUGACUCAUCACAGCAUCGAACUGUACUGGGACCUGGAAAAUAAAGAGAAGAGGCAAGGACCACAGGACCAGUGGCCUAGGUUCUCCAUCGAAGAGGAAGACCCCAAGAUGCACAGUUACGGUGUCAUUUACACGGGUUAUGCGACAAAGCAUGUGAUUGAAGGUCUAGAACCAAGGACACUGUACAGAUUUCGACUGAAGGUCAUCAGCCCCUCUGGAGAAUGCGAGUACAGCCCAGUCAUUUCGGUGGCUACAACUAGGGAGCCCAUAAGUAGCGAGCACUUUCAUCGUGCUGUCAAUGUGAACGAUGAAACUUUCCUGCUUCGAAUACUGGAUGGAGGCCAAAUAAAGGUUGAUGUGCCCAACAAGUUCGGCUUUACUGCCCUCAUGGUCGCUGCUCAGAAAGGCUAUACCAGGCUUGUAAAGAUCCUAGUUUCCAAUGGCACAGAUGUGAAUCUGAAGAAUGGCAGUGGCAAGGACAGCCUCAUGCUUGCAUGCUAUGCAGGACAUCUGGAUGUUGUGAAAUACCUCCGAAAACACGGAGCUUCUUGGGAUGCUAGAGACCUCGGAGGUUGCACGGCUCUGCAUUGGGCUGCAGAUGGAGGCCACUGCCCUGUGAUUGACUGGAUGAUAAAGGACGGCUGUGAGGUAGAUGUUGUGGACACUGGUUCAGGAUGGACACCACUCAUGAGAGUCUCUGCUGUGACUGGAAGCCAGAAGGUAGCUUCACUCCUCAUCGAGGCUGGGGCUGACGUGAACGUGAGGGACAAAGAUGGAAAGACACCUCUCAUGGUUGCCGUCUUAAAUAAUCAUGAACAGUUAGUUCAGCUACUUCUUGACAAAGGAGCAGAUACAACAGUGAAAAAUGAGUUUGGCAAAGGUGUCUUAGAAAUGGCCAGAGUUUUUGACAGACAGAAUGUACUCUCCUUACUAGAAGAGAGGAAAAAAAAGGUGCCAAGGAAGUCUUCUGUCCAAUGAACGCAGUGCCACCUGAGGUCGACCUGAGCGAAACAGCGAGCCGUGACUGCUGGGCUGGACACAUGACAAGCCGCGUCUCUGAGGCUGAGGCAUUUAUUUAUUUAGUUGAAGAUUCACAGUGACGUUUAUGUAAUGGGCAACUCUUCCCACAUUGAAAUACAUCUUUUUACCUAAGCACAUGCAUAUGUGGUCUUGUUGCUGGGCGUCUAUAGAACAAGAAUGUUUUCUUGCCCCGUGCCUUUGCAGUUAGACAUGAAACCAAAUAUUUACGCACCGGUACUACAAAAACAAGUGCGCACGAGGGUCCCCACGCAGGCCACUCCCCCCCGCCCCAGCUGUCCUCGAGAUGCUCCAGGCCGACCGGCCCUCUUCCCCUCAUGUGUUUCUUAUUAUCUCUCCCACCCCACUGAAGGCCAGGCUGCUGUUGCCUCCUGCAGCGGGGCUCCUAAGCACCCAGGAGUUUUCUCUUAGG